GGCAGCGGGGGUCGAGUAAGGGGCGCGGGUGCGAGGCUCCGAGCACGUUGGGGAGAGGAGCGUGCUGCUGCCCCAAGAAGGAGGCUUCUGAAGCUUUGGUGCCGGUGGUGGGUGAGGACAUCGAAACCUGGAGGACGAUUAGGAAGAACGUCGUGCCCGUGAUCGCGUGAAUCGUCGGUCUCCUCGUUUCUUCGCACUACGAAUGCUGCAGCAGCAGGUCGAGAAGAGUGCAAGAACGCUUGGGUAGCGAUUUGCCGAUCGUCGGUCGCUUGGUCGGGUGAUCUUGUCUGCGAAUCAGGGCUUGUCGUCACACUGUGCUGUGAGGACUGCGUUAACGAUAGCGUCAGCGGGGUCGUUGCUUGAGCGCUGCACUAGGAGCUCGUUGGAGCUCCGAUCCGGAUCGUGGUCAUCAUGAUUUCGCAGUUCUUCGUGCUCUCCCUUCGAGGAGAUAAUAUUGUUUUUCGCGACUAUCGCGGAGAUGUACCGAAAGGGAGUGCGGAGAUAUUCUUUCGGAAAGUGAAAUUUUGGCAAGGCGAAGAAGGAGAGGAGGCUCCGCCUGUGUUCGUAGAAGAUGGAUGGGGUGAAUUAUUUGCACGUGAAAGUUGGAGGUCUCCUGUUCGUUGCUACCACCAGAGUCAACCUUUCUCCUGCCCUUGUACUGGAGCUACUGCAACGUAUAGCUCGUGUGACGAAGGAUUAUCUCGGGAUUCUUAACGAGGAUUCUCUCAGAAAGAAUUUUGUUCUAGUUUAUGAGCUACUUGACGAAAUGAUAGAUUUUGGCUAUCCUCAAACCACCUCAACUGAAGCUUUGAAGUCAUUUGUUUUCAACGAGCCAGUCGUCAUUGACGCAGCCCGCCUUCCUUCUUUAGGACCGGCAGCCCUAUUUAUCCAAGGAUCGAAGAGAGUGCCAGGCACAUCAGUCACAAAGUCGGUGGUUGCAAACGAACCAGGAGGCAGAAAGCGUGAAGAGGUGUUUGUAGAUAUAAUUGAGAAAAUUAGUGUCACGUUUAACGCUGCUGGCUACAUUUUGACUUCGGAGAUUGAUGGAACUAUUCAGAUGAAAAGCUACCUUUCCGGAAACCCUGAAAUACGUGUCGCAUUGAACGAGGAUUUGAGCAUUGGACGCAACGAGUAUGGUGGCGGAUUUGGAGGUGGUGUCGGAAUGGUCAUCCUAGAUGAUUGCAACUUCCAUGAGUCAGUGCGACUGGAUGAUUUUGAGACAGACCAUUACCUAACGCUGGUCCCACCGGAUGGAGAGUUUCCCGUAAUGAACUACCGCAUGACCCAAGAGUUCAAGCCACCUUUCAAGGUCUUCCCUGUCAUAGAAGAGGCUGGACCCUUCAAGGCGGAAAUAGUAUUGAAGGUCCGCGCAGAUUUUCCUGCCACCGUAACUGCAAAUACAGUUGUGCUUAGGGUACCCCUCCCGAAAACAACUUCAAGGGUGAGCUUUGAGAUGGAACCAGGAGCUGUGGGACAAUCUACAGAUUUUAAGGAGGCUAAUAAAACCAUUGAAUGGUCAUGCAGAAAGAUCGUCGGAGGUUCAGAACACACACUUCGCGCGAAGCUCACUCUUACACAAGAAAGAAAUGCCAACAUCAAGAAGGAAGCUGGCCCUAUAAGCAUGUCAUUUACUAUCCCUAUGUUCAACGCCUCGAGACUUGCGGUUCGAUACUUGCAGGUUGUAAAGAAGUCCAAAUCGUACAAUCCUUACCGCUGGGUCCGAUACGUAACGCACUCGAAUUCCUACGUGAUCCGGACAUAAGACUCACAUCGUUAUUGCAGUUUGUUAAAUUUUGUAACGCUAACGAAAUCUCAUCUACGAGAUUUUUGAACUCAACAGCAUUUGUCCAGGCCAAUUGAUCAAUCCAACCUUUUAGCUGGCGAUGUGUUCAUUCACCACUUGAAAGCCUUGAGUGAGUGCGAUCUUGUACAGAUUGUCUGGGUUGAAUAACGGCUUGUGUUGGUACAUGUAUAAAAACGAGCCGAGUAUAUAUGUAUGUGAAUGGGUUCAAUCAUUUGUGGUGUUUUUCGGAAGGGACGACGUGAUUAAGGUUGUAUUUGAUGACUCAAUUUCAUGUUACGUUCCAGUAAGUGCAGACGUAUGUUUGUCUUUCUCUCGUCCCGGAUGUGUAUUGAAUGAUGAGUUACAUCAGAGCUAUAUCAG